AAAAAAAGAAAAGAAAAAGAAUGAACACUGCCUAAUAUUUUGUUCAACAAUUUUUAAGACGAACCCAUCAAAUGGUAUUGCAAAAACAAAGGAUUACUUUUAAACAGGUUUCCAAAACCUUCCCACCACACCAAUCUAUUAUUGGUUUAAACACACUUGUUAUAGGAAGUCUCACCCAAAGUCACAACAAUUAGUUGAAAUUAUUUGAUGAAAAUGACAGUAAAACAGUGAUAAUUUUUGUAAUUAUUUUUAUCAACAACAUUUUUUUUUUUUUUCACAGACGAAAAUGAGACAACUAAAUAAAAACAGUUUUGAAUAAAAAAAAACUAUGACCAAAAUCUAUUAACAUUUUCUUCAACAAAUAAAAAUGAGAUUUUUGUAUUGUACUGAUGUAUACGGCAGGACAUAAGUUGGCAUGCACUUGCUGCAUGUCUCAUAAAACGUUAAAAAAUGUAAACGUCUGGGAGACAGAAGAACAGACAUAUGGAUAGAUCAGAAAAAGCAUGACAACACAUAAGUGAGCUCUAUUCGGUACGGUUUUCUGUGCGCACACACCUGAAGCUCGCAGCCACGUACACAGAAAGCUACUCUCAACAUUAUGUCAAAAUGUUUGUUUUGGAGAGUAUUCACAUAAACACAGUCAUGUAUGUCUUAAGAAAAAGUAAACAGUUGUGACAAUAUCGGAUAUGCAUCAGUGUAUUGGAUCCCAGCAUUCAGCCAUAAAGUGACAGCAGCCUAAUAAACCUGCUGCCGUCUGUGCCCUUAAUAUUAAUUAAACAACAAAAGAAAAAGAGGACAGCAUUCACUGCUCAUUAAAAGCUUUAAUAGGGAUUAAUUAUAUUUAAAUGAUUACAAAUAAAUAUGUCUGCUUAAAAGCAUAAAGAAUAAUACAUGCAAGUUGUUAUAAAGAAUGCAUAUAUCAUUCAAUGAAAAGAAGACUAGAGUUGUCAAAAGUACCUUUGGUAUUGAAAUUUUAAAAAUGUGACGCUUUGAGCUCUGUUGAGUGGAUUCGUAAACACCUCUGGUCCGCAAUAGACACCUGCUUUCAAACGCUUCCAUGUGUAUCUGUGUAAGCGCCUGGUGAAGAGCAUCAUUGAUGACUAUUUACAACGUUUUUGAAGCGUUGAUCAUUGAAGCCAAUCACAGACAUCCGAUGAGCGUGUCAACACAAUGGCCAAUCAGAGGUGUUUGUGAAUCUGCUCAACAGCACUCAAAGCGUCACAUUACAUAAAAUUACAUAAAAGCGUACAUAAAAUUUCAGUACCGACUAGGUACCGAAGUCAGUACAUUUGACAACUCUAAAGAAGACCUAUAUGUUCUUCUUUAGGAGAAGUAGUUUUAUUUAAUUUUAAGAUAAAUGAAGACAUGUUAUAUGUUACAGCAGUUAAAUGUGUCUGUAUUGCAUGUUCAAACUAUUCAUAUUAAAAGGGCUAAUCAAUGUUUUCUCCUGGAGUAUAUAAUGGGUUUGGACACUUUAGAGAAAUUCUUAAUUGAUGCAUUACAAUUUAACUAAACCCAUUCAAUUUUAGUCGACUAAAUCUACUGUAAAUCUACGCUAAAACAAUUCAGAUGACUAAAAUAUGACUAAAACUAAAUGGCAUUUUAGUCAUAAGACUAUGUCUAAAAUUAAAUCAAAAUUUGCUGUCAAAAUUAAAGGAACACUCCACUUUUUUUGAAAAUAGGCUCAUUUUCCAACUCCCCUAGAGUUAAACAGUUGAGUUUUACCGUUUUCGAAUCCAUUCAGCCGAUCUCCGGGUCUGGCGGUACCACUUUUAGCAUAGCUUAGCAUAGUUCAUUGAAUCUGAUUAGACCGUUAGCAUCUCGCUCAAAAAUGACCAAAGAGUUUCGAUAUUUUUCCUAUUUAAAACUUGUCUCUUUUGUAGUAACAUCGUGUACUAAGACCGACGGAAAAUGAAAAGUUGCGAUUUUCUAGGCCGAUAUGGCUAGGAACUAUACUCUCAUUCUGGCGUAAUAAUCAAGGAACUUUGCUGCCGUACCAUGGGUGCAGCAGGCACAAUGAUAUUACGCAGCCGGAGAUCGGCUGAAUGGAUUCGAAAACAGUAAAACUCAACUGUUUAACUCUAGGGGAGUUGGAAAAUGAGCCUAUUUUCAAAAAAAGUGGAGUGUUCCUUUAACAAUGCAGUAAAAGAAAUGUUAUUUACUUCUAAAGCUGAAAUUUCAGCAGCCAUUACUCCAGUCUUCGGUGUCACAUGAUCAUUCAGAAAUCAUUCUAGUAUUCUGAUUUGGUGCUCAAUUAUUUUUGGUGCUCAAUUGUUAAUAAUGGUUCUUAACAUUAUCAAUGUUAAAAAUGUUUUCUGACGCUUAAUAUUUUUGUGGAAAUCUUGAUAAACACCCCCAAACAGCAUUUGAACAUUAAAACAUAAAUCUUUUGUAACAUUAUAAACAUGUUUGCUGUCACUUUUGAUCAAUUUAAUGCAUCCUUGCUGAAUAGAGGCAUUACUUUCUUUUUUGUUAUAUUACUUACCCCCAAACUUUUGAAUGGGUUGGUAUUACAGUUUCCACAAAAAUAUUAAGCAGCAUUGAUAAUAAUAAGAAAUGUUUUUUUUUUUUUUUGAGCAUCAAAUCAGCUUAAAAUGAGUGACACUACUGAAGACUGGAGUAAAUGAUUCUGAAAAUUCAGCUUUGCUAUCACAGAUAUAAAUUAUAUUUUAAAAUAUAUUCAAAUAGAAAAUGAUGAUUUCAAAUUGUACUCAUAUUUCACAAAAUUACUGUUUUUUCUGUAUUUUUAUGAGAAUGAGACUUCUUUAAAAACAAUUUAAAAAUCUUUAAAAAACAUUUAACCAGUAGUGUAGUUGUCUCUCCACAUUAAACUAGGAUAGAAAGCACAAACUGAAAAAUCUCACUGUAACAAGCACUUUCUCUAAAAUAUAAAUAUCCUAUUAAAAGCUCUAGUAUGUAUCUCAAUCCCGGCUCAUAACUGACUACAGUCGUGAAAUAAUUAUUAAGUUUUAAUACAUCUAUUUAACUAAACAAUUACAUCUAGGUAAGGUACUGCAAAGAUAGCUUGUGCAAUACCACCAAAAAAACCUGUAAUCCAAAAACUGUAUGAAAUGACACAUGUAACAGGAUAUAACUGAUAUAACUGGAAAGAAGGCUUAAUCUCUAGGUAAAGGCACUGAAGCCUUAAUUAAUGAUUAUGGCUUAAACCGAAUUAGGGUCAUGCUUCUCGCCAAUUAUACUAAAAAAACACUUGGGUACGAAAUGGCUCAUAAAGUCAGCAACAGAGGAUAUUGAAUCUCAAGCGUCAUGUUUGCAGAGCAGUGCAGCUCCAGCCUCCCCAUGCGCCCUGUGUCCACAGAAACGUGCUCUUUAAAUGUUAGAUGCUUUAUUUACCUCGCUACAUGUGAUUGUAGCUGUUCACAUAGUUUUGCCUCUCAAGGCAACAUGUUUGCCAUUUUCGAACCAGCUGAGGCAGGUGCUGAUAGUAAAGACGGAGGGGGGUUUGACUACACUCCCCGAAGAGAUCAUUGUUUGGUGAAGUGUGCUAGAUCUUCUACUCCUAAAGAUCAGCAUGAGGUACACUCCUCCCAUACAGCAACACCUUCCCUGGUGGUUUGGCACUGAUAAACGUGACCUCCUCUUUCCACAGCUUUCAUUGUGAUCUCUGUCAUCGAAUGAGUGUUUGUAUUUUGACUGUAAAUGUCUGCAUUUGAACACCCAUGUAAACAUGCAGUGGACUUCGGUGGUUUAUGCAGUGUUGAUGAUUGGUUCUAGUACCUGCUCCAUUUUGGGAAACUUGGUACUACUGUUGGUGGUGUUACUCAACCAGAACUUGCAAACGGACACCUGGAUUCUCACACUGAGCUUCUGCCUAUGUGAUCUGGCGUUGGGCGUCUCCACCAUUCCUUUUGGUAUCCAUAACAGUCUUUUCCAAGUGAAGAGCUACCCCAGCAAGAGCGCCACCUGCAAGGGCAGCGCCUUUCUGUUUUUGUUGCUCCAGCUCGCCUCCAUCCAUUCCCUCACCUGGGCCACUGUCGACAAGUUCACAGAGAUCUGCUUCGCCCUCAGCUACCCGGUGAUCUUUACAGCGCACAGGGCCAAAAUCAUCCUCGCGAUGGUGUGGGUCUACAGCAUCCUCAACGCAGCUCUGCCACUCUUCGGUUUUGGUAGUUACGUCUACAGCGAGACAAAGUUCCUCUGCGUUCCCAGCUUCAAACCAUCCUGCAUUGCCUUCAACAUGCUCUUCAUGGUGUUGGGAAUAAUCAUACCUAUUGUACUGAUGUGCUCCAUGUAUGGAUAUAUAGUGUAUAUAGCCAGGAACCAGGUGCGACGAGGGACGUUUGUUUGCAACGAAGACCAUUGUUUCUACGUGCCAGCCUAUAAUUACUUCAAAAGCUCCAUAGUAAUGGUGACAACCAUCGUGUGCCUACUUGUUUGCUGGAUGCCAUACAUCGUUAUCUGCUUCUAUGAGACACUGACGGGUAAAGAGAGCCCGCAGCCUGCCUCGGCUGUUGCCACAUGGCUUGUCCUCUUCACUUCAGCUCUCAACCCAUGGAUCAACUCCAUGACUCAAACGUAAGCAACUAAGUGCACCAGUUUGAUGACUGUAUAUCAUGUGGAAUUAGGGUCCAAUGGCAGGUAUGUUUCUUACAAUGCAUUUAGGGCUGGGCAGUAUGACGAUAUAUUCAGUGUUACGACAGAAACGCUCGUCAACCAGUACAGAUUCUGCUAUACUGUUUAUAUUGUACUUUACUGCUAUAUCGUAGCACUCCGGUGGUCAGUCAACCUUGGAGAAACAGAAAGAACUAUAUCAAAUUUAAAUAAUUUGGGAGAAUCUUUUGCAAGAAGCAACAACUUCUGUUUUCAGGUUCCAAAUUAAAAGACGAUUUAAUCAAAUUAAAUAAAGUACAAUACUGUUCAAAAGUUUAGGGUCAGUACACAGAUUUUUUAAAGUAAUUAAUACUUUUUUUUUUUCAGCAAGGAUGCAUUAAAUUGACCAAAAGUAAAUUUUCACAUUGUUGCCCAAAUUUAAUUUCAAAUAAAUGCUGUUCUUUUGAACUUCCUAUUCAUCAAAUGCAGCACAACUGUUUUCAGCAUUAAUAACUGAUAAUGGCUACUGAAAAUUAAGCUUUACAUCACAGGAAUAAGUUACAUUUUAAAAUAUAAUUUAAAAUUAUUUCACAAUAUUACGGUUUUAUUGUAUUUUUGAUUAAUUAAAAAUAAAUAAAAAAUAAAUAAAUCUUACAGACCCCAAACUUUUGAACAGAAGUCCAACUUUCAUUUGUAAAAUAUUUAAAGGAUUAGUUCACUUCAGAAUUAAAACUUCCUGAUAAUUUACCAUGUCAUCCAAGAUGUUUAUGCCUUUCUUUCUUCAAAUUGAAAAGAAAUUAUGGUUUAAGGAAAACAUUCCAGGGUUUUUCUCCAUAUAGUGGACUUCUAUGGCUACCAAUGGGUUGAAGGUCCAAAUUGCAGUUUCAAUGCAGCUUCAAAGGUCUCUACACAAUCUCAGACGAGGAAUAAGGGUCUUGUCUAGCAAAAUGAUCGGUCAUUUUCUAAAAAAAAAAAACAAUUAUAUACUUUUUAACCACAAAUGCUCUUCAUGCACUUGCUCUGCGAUGUGCCACACAUUAUGUAAGCACAUUGGAAAGGUCACGUGUGACGUAGGCAGAAGUACCGAGCAAGCGUUUACAAAGCAAACUUGCAAAGGCUAAGUCAAACGGCAUUUACAAAAAAUAAAAAAGGUAAAAACAACGAUGUCAGACGAUUUUGAAGUUGGAGGAGAAAGUGAGAUGGAAUUUUCCAACUUGAUCAUUAGGGGUGGGAGGGGAAAAAAUAAAAUAAAAAAAAUAUCGAUCUAUCGUGAUUCUCUCUCUAACGAUUCUGGAUUCUGAGCUUAGUUUUUAACCAGCGCUAUGAAGCUUUAGAAACACCCGUAUUCUGCUUGCUUCCAAUUCCUCACACACAUACACAUACCUUCCGUAAAACAAUCUUUCAUGAAGUUCGGAAAGGUUGAAGUGAAUUACAAGGACAUUCGCGGGCUUCAUUGCACAGGAUGCACUCAUUGCAGGAAGAGAGACGUGCAUUUUGUUUGAUGUUCCACUUGCAGUGCACGGUCUCGCCCGCCGGUAUUUUCCUUACAAAUGCUAUACGAAGGCAUCAUUUAUGUCGUUUGGAAUGCAGUGGACUUAUGUAUUUAUAAUAUGAAACUCACUAACAGAAGGCUGCUUUCAAUUUCAAAUGCUGACGAGCGCUUUGUUUGUGAAGAGUGCUCGCGCAUGUGGCUGUGCGCGACUGUGUAAGUGGUUUAAUGUUGUGUCUCAAAAUGGUUUUAUGACGCAAAAUUAAUGUAAACACGAAACGGACAGGACAAACUGCAUUACUUAUAUUUCCAUGCGUAAACGCAGCUUAUGAGAUCAGCUGCUGUCUAUGAUGCCAUAGUAACAAUCAAACAACAGUAAAGAUGAGAAAGAAAAAUCACUCAAAGUUCUUGAAUGGAAAACGUUCAGAUAAUCUUAUAUACUGAAAGCACUCAUUGUUUAUUGCUUGUAGUAUGUUUCUUUGCUCCUCUUUAUUUGCUACUUUCUUGUAUGUUUUGAAGUUAUAUUAGUUUAAAAUUCUUAACAUAUUAGGCCUACAAUUGUUUUAAUUUAAUUUUUUCUAUUUGUAAUUAUUUUAAAAUUGUUAUUUUGGAAUUGGAAUCGGAUCGGAUCGUGAGGUGACUGAAGAUUAUGUGGCGCAUCGCAAAGCUAGUGCAAGACGAGCAUUUGUGGUUAAAAAGUAUCUA